AUGAUAGAGCUUACGGUCCUUUGGGAAACCAACAUCCCCAAAGACCAUACCAUCAAGGUCAACAAGUAUUACGAGCUCACAAACGAACUCACUCGAAAUAGGUUCGUAGUAGAUUUGUACGCGGUAGAGGUAGGAGCGAGAGGUAUAACAGCGAAAUCUCUCUACAACCUACUAAAGGUCUUGGGCUUGUCCAGAACUGACAUUAAUGCAUUCUUGGAACGUACAUCGAAGGCAGCCCUAGUAGGUUCUUUUCAAAUUUGGUUAGGUAGGGAGAGAAACUUGGACAGUGGAGGUGAGCGUAUAACGCGCGAAUCCGGAACGCCAGCGCCAGUAGCGGCACUCGAUGGAGUUUGUGUAAGCGUGCGCCAGAGCCUAGAGGGGAACGUGGGACAUCACUUCUCUCCAGCGUUCGGCGCGUGCGGCCACAGAACCAUCGCGCAGUCCGGUCUCAUACUUGAACUGUAUUACUGA